CCCCGGCAAGAACACACUUUUGUCAGUAGGCACCUCACAAGUGUCUAGGACGGUGUUUCGGAAGCAAAGUCAGAUUUGAAUCAUUCUAAAUUUUCGUAACUAUAAGUUUAAAAGUGUUAUUUGAGUGUGAUUAGUGAUUAAGGCCAUCAUCAUGCCCUACCUGGUGGAAAAUUUCACGACUGUGCUGAGGCCCGAGGCUAGACUUUCAGCCGAAACACGGUACCUAGGAUGGAAUGUGGCGCCCGAUGAUUUAGCCCACAUUCCGGAGCACUGGCUCAAGUACCCGGAACCGGAAGCAUCCCUACACUAUCUGCUCGGAUUGCUGUACAUCGCCUUCACCGUUUUCUCCUUGGUUGGAAAUGGUUUAGUCAUUUGGAUAUUUUCAUCUGCCAAAUCCUUGCGAACACCGUCUAACGUUUUCAUCGUUAACCUGGCGAUUUGUGAUUUCAUGAUGAUGGUGAAAACGCCCAUCUUCAUCUACAACUCCUUUACGAGAGGUUUCUCGGCAGGAUUCCUCGGCUGUCAGAUAUUCGCUUUCAUCGGAUCGCUAUCUGGUAUUGGCGCAGGGGCUACAAAUGCUUGCAUAGCCUAUGAUCGAUACAACACUAUCGCUCGUCCCUUCGAAGGCAAGCUAACCCAUACGAAGGCUAUCUUCAUCACCUGUCUGGUGUGGGCAUACACCAUCCCGUGGGCCGUUCUGCCGCUGUUGGAAAUCUGGGGCCGAUUUGUUCCAGAGGGUUACCUUACUUCCUGUACGUUCGAUUAUUUGACCAACACUUUCGACAACAGAAUGUUUGUGGGUACGAUUUUCACAUUCAGUUACGUUCUGCCCAUGAGCCUGAUCAUCUACUACUAUAGCCAAAUUGUGAGCCAUGUCGUCAAUCACGAGAAGGCUCUCCGCGAGCAGGCUAAGAAAAUGAACGUCGAUUCUCUACGCUCCAACCAGAACCAGAACAAUACCUCGGUAGAGGUUCGAAUUGCUAAAGCAGCCAUAACGGUGUGUUUCCUGUUUGUUGCUUCGUGGACGCCGUACGCUGUGCUGGCACUGAUUGGUGCCUUUGGCGACAAGGCUUUGCUGACACCGGGAGUGACCAUGUUCCCCGCGUGUGCAUGCAAAUUCGUUGCUUGUCUGGAUCCCUAUGUUUAUGCUAUCAGUCAUCCCAGGUACAGGAUUGAGCUGCAGAAACGAUUACCUUGGUUAGCCAUCACAGAGUCGAUGCCAUCAGAGACGACCUCGACCGUGACCGAAGCCACGACCACUAAUGCGUCAGCUCCUAUUACUUCGUAAAUCCUUGUAGUCAAUAAAUAACCGCAUAUUGAUAGUCACAUUCAAUUCAUCUUAUCACACAAACUGGACUCACAAGAUGAAAACUUCCGCAGCGUUUUACUGGACUUUGCACCAAGGAAUACUCCAAAUAAAUCAAUCUCAUCUGAAUCUGGUUAAUUUCAUCGACAAAAAGAAAUACAUGAUUAUGCAAUCGAAAUAAACAAAAGCGUUAAGAAA